AUGCAAGCCGACCGCAAGCCGUCACCGCAAGCCGACCGGCCAGACGCAAGGUACCCAGGGCAGGCUAUGCUCGCGGCAUCGCAUCAGCGGGCUUGCCUCUCCCAUCACAGUCGCACCAGCCCACUCGAGGCCUGGACGGGACGCAAGGCGCAAGACGCAAGACGCAAGACGCGCCGAUCUAGAUGGGCUCGCGGCGUGGGCUUCCGACCCGGCAUGGCGGUGCGACACCAAGCAGCCCGUCCCAUUGGAACCCUCGACGACGAACGCACAAACGCACGGUCGGGUGUCACCGCAACAGGGCGCUCGCGCGGUGUGAUCUGGGCCUCUGGCUGGGCCUCUGGCUGGGCCUCUGGCAACUGGCUGAACGCGAGCAGGGUUAGGCAAGGCGCGAGAUCUGCGAGGUGCGAGCCUGUGUGGGUGGCCACGCACGGCCUGUACGAGAGUCGUUGGCUGAAUUCUGGAUUCCGCUGUGGGAAGCAGAAGCAAAAUGGACCCGUGAAGGGAUCAUUCGAUGGACACCGUCACCACCACCGAAUCUCGGUCGGGAACGCUGAUUCGCCGUCGGAUGCGCCUCAACAACCCUUCACCGAUUCCUCAGUGGGCUACUGCUACAACCAAUGCUCUCGUCGAAACGAAACAGGCGCACACACGACCAGCCGUGAGAGCUGCUCGGCAUGA